UUUACUGUAUAUUUAUUUGUCUUGUUAAGUCUUUUGGUUAAUGGAUUCCAUGCGGAAUAGGUUGGAUUCAAUGAGAGCUUGAGCAUUCAGACAUUUACAGAUAGAAUUUAUUGCUUUAAAUUGCCUGAAUCUCGUUUUACACACGGACUUGUCAGAUAUUUCUGUCAGGUGAAUUGAAAUUCUGCGGUGGAAUUGUCUGGUAAAAGCUGGUUCUUGGCCUUGAUGACCUUAUUUUGCUUUUUUUGGCUGGUUAUUUUAGGGCUUUCAGGCGAAAUAUCAAUGAUUAUUUAGUUGUCGCCUGGUUUAACCUGUAUUUCUGUUCAAAACCUAGGAGAUUCAGUAGAUAUCCAAGUCGGUCUUUUUUCUUUCUUUCCUGUGGACAUUCCGUGUAAAAUUUGUUGAACAUUGGAAUUGCUUUUACCAAGACACGUUCCAAGCCCGAGAUUUAGUCAAUUCUGACGGGCAGUGUCUGCCUGUGAUGAUUCUUUUCAGGCAGAGCAAAUGAAAGAAUCCGGUUUGGUGAUAUGUCUGGUCAUGGCGAGCUUUUAUAUUCUCAUGUGCGAGGGUUCAGAGCCGUGCAAUCGAAAAUGCGGUUCGAAAACAGUGCCGUAUCCUUUCGGUUUCGGAGGCGAAUGCCCUAACAUGCUCGAUUGCUCAGGUGAAAGUAACAUCACCGUGAAAGGAUUCCAUGUGGAAAAUAUUACGAGCGAGGGAGUCCGCAUCAGCCAUGGAUUUCAGUGCCGUAAGCAGUUAAAAGGUCUUCGUGCAUUCCAGGAGCAGUACGCUCUCACGACUCGAAAUGUUUUGCUAGUCAAGGACUGCCCAAAGCUAGGUUCCUCUUACGACUGCUCUUUCAACCUUAGCCUAGUAGUGAAUCGUCUUUCCAAUGAAGAAAACCAGAGCUGCAACUCCUCCGAGUAUAGUUGCCUCCGUAAAAAUGGAACAGGUUUUUAUAAGUGGAAGGACCUCGACGACGAUAAGUGCAAUACGUUGCUUGGCCAUAUUGUGGUCGAUAGAAAGGACGAUUCGGAAAUUUUAGUAGAUCUCGGAAGUCUCGAGCUCGGAUGGUGGAUUAACGGCAACUGUACUGCGAACAGCUGCUCUGCCAACGCAGAUUGCAAGCAGCUUUUAUCUCCAGGCACAGGUGAACCGGCGUAUAAAUGCUCUUGUAAAGCAGGCUUUGUCGGAGAUGGAUUCGAGAGCGGUGACGGCUGCUACAAAGAAUCUUCAAAGUGCAAUCCUUCUCGGUACAUGUCUGGCAGUUGUGGAGGAACGAAUAGGAUUGGAGUUCUCAUUGGAGGAAUAGUUGCGGGGGUAGCAGUGGUACUACUACUGGGGUUGCUAUACUGCAUGCUGAAGAGGAGAUCUAAGUUUGUACGGAGCCGGAGAAGUAGAAAAAGAUUACAGGAAGCGAGCAGAGGAUCAACGAUUCACAUAUUCACGUACAGAGAGCUGGAGAGGGCCACAAAGGGGUUUUCGGAGAAACAGAGGCUGGGAAACGGGGCCUUUGGAACAGUGUACGAGGGCAGACUGGGCAGCGAGCGGGCAGUGGCGGUGAAGAAGAUCCGGCACAUGGAAAGACAGGGUGAGGGUAUCCAGCAGGUGAUGAACGAAAUAAAGCUGCUCUCUUCAGUAGACCAUCCGAAUCUGGUUCGUCUGAUCGGGUGCUGCAUCGAGAACGGCGAGGCGAUCCUGGUGUACGAAUACAUGCCAAACGGCACUCUGGCGGAGCACUUGCAGCGCCACAGAGGCGAGGGACUCUCCUGGACCAGACGCCUAACCCUUGCUUCAGAAACCGCCAGCGCCUUGGCCUAUCUGCAUUCCACCAUUAAUCCCCCAAUUUAUCACAGAGACGUCAAAUCCAGCAAUAUUUUGCUCGACUUCAAUUUCAACUCCAAAGUAGGCGACUUCGGCUUAUCCAGGAUUGUACCCACAGAAGAGUCGCACAUUUCAACAGUGCCUCAGGGGACCCCCGGCUACGUGGACCCGCAGUACCACCAGAACUUCCACCUGUCCGACAAGAGCGAUGUCUACAGCUUUGGAGUGGUUUUGGUGGAGAUCAUCACGGCGUUAAAAGUGGUCGAUUUCACGCGCAACAAGAGUGAGAUCAGCCUGGCAGUUCUAGCCCUCGACAAGAUUGGCAGCGGUUGCCUCCACCACAUCAUCGACCCAUUUCUACUACUGGACGCCGAAAACGACCCAUCAUUCCUCAGCUCCGUGCACAUGGUGGCCGAGCUGGCUUUCCGGUGUCUAGCAUUUGACAGAGAUGCACGCCCCUGCAUGCUGGAAGUUGCAGAGGAGCUCCAAUCGAUCGGGGCUUCCUACGCACUCUCUCACGCCCAAGAUAAAGACGACAUGAAUUCUUCAAACAGACAGAUUACUAUUCAGCAAUCGGUAAUAUCGCAAUUAAAAAGCUCUGUUACCCGAUUAAACCCAGACAUGGCGUCGCCGGUUUCGGUUCAGGAUCCGUGGGUCAGCGGUCAAAGUUCUCCCUCUACAAGUAGCUCACUGGAUAAUACAAUGGAUUGAUUGAUUGAUUGACUGACUCACCAUGCUUUUCCUUUUCCCCUUCCCCUUCCGUUUUUGCUGACUUUUAGCAGAUUAGGUGAACCUAAAAGACGCGUAGAAGCAGGCAAGUGGCAACUGCAACGGGUUGACCGUGAAAUGGCAGCGGCUCUACUUGUCAAGGCCUUGAGAUCAUCUGCUGCACAGGUGCUAUUGUAUCAUAUGCUCUUUCUUAUCUGUUUUCAAACUUGCUUUAAUAUAUUCUAAAUUCACGCGUUCAUAUUUACUUUUUUC